UUGACAUUAAUGUCUCAAACAGCUGGAAAGGACGAAUCACUUUAUAUUUGAUCCAAAGGUUCGAUUCCUAAUGUUUUGAAAUGAUUGCUCAUAGAUAUCUGUCACGUGCAUCGAUCCAGUGAAAGUGUGUGUGUUUCAAAUGUGUAUUUUGUGUCUCUGUGGGUGUGUGUGACUCCUCCCACACAUUCCUGUGUGUCUGGGCUGAGAGGAGGAGGAGGAGGAGGAGGAGGAAGAGGAGGAAAGCGAGAAUCUGAGGCUGCAGCUGUGGACGCGGAGACAGAACGAGAUGAUCAACAACAACAAGCAGAAGAAGAAGGAGCGUGACUCUGCUGCAGCUGCGACCCUCUGACUCUCAACAUCUGUGUUUCAUUCUCCUGCUGCUGCUCACACAACUUGUUGGGAAACUUUAUUUCUCCCGGAGUGAGAUCAGGAGUUUCCAGUUUGACCUGUUUACAGCAAAACUUCACUUCUUCUCCUUCUUCUUCUUCGUCUUCAUCUGCUGUUGGAGGAGGAACGACCACAUCCACCUGAGAGUGUGUGUGUGUGUGUGGAGGAACCAUGGAGAUCCUGGACAGCAGUGAGACCUUCCUGCACUGGGACAGGAACCUCAGCGAGCUGUCGGAGGCUGGAGACAUCGACUCGGUGCUCUACACCAACCACUUCUCUGAGCUGCUGGACGACCUGUCACAUGACGCCCUGCUGGGUCAGCUCCUCAGCGACCCCUUCCUGUCCGGGGGGCGGGGCGGCGUGGAGGACAUGGAGGGCGACGAGGACGACAGCGACCUGUCCCCGUCCUCACCCCUGCCCCCCCACAUCACAGCCGAGCACAGCUACUCGCUCUGUGGGGACAGUCGGCCGCAAUCGCCCCUGUCGCACCUGACCGGCGAGCAAGGCAGCGAAGCAGAAUCAGACGGGGACUCGGCUGAUUGGCCCAUGGAGCAGGACGAGGCCAUGGACGCCAUGGACGCCAUGGACGGCCUCCUGUGUGAGCCUCCCUCCCUGCUCCCCAGCCUCUCCCUGGCCUCCAGCGUGGGGCCCAAAGCAACCGAGGGCCCCGCUGCGGCCCCUGCUGCCGCCGCUCCUGCUGCCGCCACCGCCGCCGCCGCCCCCCCGGCUCAGGCCACAGCCAGCAGCCACAACCAGAGCAAGAGCAUCAAGAUCAAAGAGGAGAGCGUCGUCCCUCAGAUCAAACUCGAGCCUCAUGAAGUCGAUCAGUUCCUCAACUUCUCCCCCAAAGGACUGGAGUCCCUGCAGAUGCCUCCCACUCCUCCCAGUUCCCACGGCAGUGACUCUGAGGGCAGCCAGAGCCCCGGCCACGCUCCGCCCGGCCUCUCCUGCCCCAGUUCCCCCAGCAGCCCCUCUCCGUCCCAGUCCAGCCCCAAGGUGGCGCCGCGGGCCGCCUCCUCCCUGUCCAACUCCCCCCUGCUCACCGCCGCUCAUAAGCUGCAGGGCUCAGGGCCGCUGAUCCUGACGGAGGAGGAGCGCCGGACGCUGGUGGCUGAAGGUUACCCCGUCCCCACCAAACUGCCGCUCACCAAAUCAGAGGAGAAGGCGGUGAAGAAGAUCCGCAGGAAAAUCAAGAAUAAGAUCUCCGCUCAGGAGAGUCGCAGGAAGAAGAAGGAGUACAUGGACGCGCUGGAGAAGAAGGUGGAGAACUGCUCCAACGAAAACAACGAGCUGCGCAUGAAAGUGGAAUCUCUGGAGUGUACGAACAAGUCUCUGCUGCAGCAGCUGCAGUCUCUGCAGGCGCUGGUGGCCGGCAAAGUCCACAAGUCCUGCAGGAUAGCUGGCACCCAGACAUCAUCGUGUUUAAUGGUGGUGGUUUUGUGUUUCUCUCUGUUUCUGGGGAGUUUUUACCCCGGGAGUCUGACCCCCUGCUCCACCAUCACUGAAACAGGCCUGGCCUCAAAGCAGCUGUCAGUCCAAGAGUCGUACACAGCGACAGUGAAGUCGAGGAAUCUGUUGUCGACCUUCGAGGACGAGCAGCCACACCUCCUCGGCCUCGGCGGCGAAUAUCCCGACCAAUGGGAGGACACGCCGGCCGUGGUCAUGGCAGCGUGGCGUCACUCGGAGCAGCAGAAGAUCGGGGCGGAGCCUGUGAGGGCGGAGACACACCCACCUUUCAUGAGUAAAAACAACGACACGCAGACGCCGACAAACGUGCUGCUGGACCUGCACAGGUCUCUGGAGCAGCAGCUGACGCACGAGAGCCGCAGCAAAGUGGUCGAACUGGAGCGAACGGUCAACGAGACCUCCUGAGGUCGACGCCCCCUCGCCCCCCCCCCCCACCGACCUUUGACCCCCUUCCCCCCAUCUGGAGCAUGGUUCAGUGUCCUGGAGCAAACCUCAUACAGUAGCUGUUCCCACUGCUGAUUAUUUAAGGUCAUUUAUGUUUUCAGCCAUCUCUGUUCAAUCAGAUACACUGUAGUAUAGACAGGGGGAGGGGGAGGGGGAGGGGGGGGGGCACUGGUUGCCUUCCGUCGUGAAGUAAAAGUUGCACUGAAUAGUUUUUAACAUGAGUCAGUUUUAUUCGUCCUAAUUGACCCGACACGAAAAAACGCUGUUAAAUUCAGAUUGAAAUUCGAAAACGAUCCAAAUGUAGUGCGACAUUCAUUCCAAUGGAACGAGAGCUAAAGACGACAGGUGAGGCUUUUCAACAGGACACUGACGAGGACCUCUGUAUUUAUAGAAACCUUUUUUUUUUUUUCUAGUUUUAAUAUUAAAUGUUUUUUAAUUCUAUUCCGUACAGUUCAUCGCAUUUUGAUACGUUUAUUGUGUUUUACGAUUUAUUCUAUUUUGCUAUUUUAUAUUUUGUCCGUAUUCCUUCGGCUGACUCGAGACUUAGCUCGGGGCUCCUGCGCUUAUUUGAAAAAAAUCUGAGACGUUGUGAAAUGUUUGGUGGAAUGAAAAAGUGUUUUGAUUUGAAUGCAGCUGGAGAUCGAAUGUCAUAUCACACCUAUUAGCGUCAUUAUAUAUUGGGGGUGUGUACAGAUGUUACAGAGGUUUGGAAAAAGAAACGGUGGAUUGUUGAUUCCAGAGACGGGGUCAAUAUUUGAGACUUUUCUUUCUGUACAUAUUCUUUUAGUUCUGGUCAUGAAAUGCAUUUUAAAGAGCCACAUGUUUCAAGUAGCAAACUUCAUCUUAAAAAAACGCAUCGGGAGACAUUUUGGGAAUACGUUUAUUUUGCUUUUUGAUGCAGACACGACUCUUAUUUAUCUGUUAAUUCCUGAGCCGUAUCUAUUUUGAAAGACUUCCUGUGAUUCGGACAGAGCCACGCUCGUUGUUUCCAGAUUCUCCUCCAGCUUUGUGCCAGAGGAAUCGAACCUCUCACUGAAAGCAAACUAAACCGUUUCCCAACAUGUCGAACUUUAAAACUGUUGAACUUUAAAAGAAGUUUUAAGAUGAAGCCACAGAUUCUUCCUCCUGCGCUCACCUCGCUCGGCCUCUUAUCCUCGCUUUGCACACUAUCAGCUCCAAGACCCUUUAUCUGCUCUUUUUUUAAAGCAUUUACCAAAAACAUAUUUCUGCCCAGAAAUAAAUUUAAAAAAAAUCUAUUUUUGUAAAUAUGAGUUGUUAAUAAAUAAGAAAGUCUAAAUGUGUCUGGGAUGUGCAGUUGAAAACCAACGUUUGAUUCAUUCUGUCGUGAUCCUGAGACGCCCGAGCUUCAGUUUGACUUGUUUCUGGGUUUUAGUUGGAUCCUCUGAUGAUAGCAGGUCAUCGUGGCUCUUAUCUGUUCUUAUUACGUGUUUUACAGACGUGUUGUCAUGUGUGUUACAGACCAAACCAGACAUGUUAUACAAAUGUAGUAAUAUCCAGCAUCCUGUGUCUGUAGUUUGAGCUGAAUCUCAUUCCUCACUCUGUAGAAAACACAAGAUGAGAUGUUGGUUUCAUAUUUGAAAUGUUCUCGACCUGCUCCCUCCUGUUUAGAGCGUUUUUCAAAAGUCAGAUUUCAUUUCUGUGUUGCUUCUGUGUCGAGCCCACGUGACUCACAGGCUUUCUGUCUUUUUUGCAUUCAAACGAAUAAAGUAUUUUCCGUAGUAAAAGCA